UUUUUAAACAAUGAGUAAAUCAGAUUUUCGUAUACUGGAUGGUGGAGCUGGGUCAGAGCUACAAGAUCUAGGAUAUAACAUAACUGGGGAUCCAUUAUGGUCGGCCAAAUUACUAGAUACCAACCCUGAUGCGAUCAAAAAACUUCACAAAAGUUAUUUAGAGGCGGGGGCGGAUACAGUAAUAACAGUAACUUACCAAGCUACCGUGGAGGGAUUUAAGAAGUUCCUCGGGGUGACGACAGAGAAGGCCAUGGAACUUAUUAAAUCUGGAGUGAAGCUUGCAAGAGAAGCUUGUGAGGAGAUGCCAAACAUAGGAAAAGACAGACGAGUGGCCGGGUCAGUGGGGCCAUAUGGUGUCUUUCUGCAUGAUGGAUCUGAAUACAGCGGAAAUUAUGUUGAUAAUAUAACCCAACAGGAAUUAAUAGAUUGGCACAGGCCCCAGGUCACAGCAUUGCUAGACGGCGGGGUGGAUAUGUUAGCCGUGGAAACUAUCCCUGCUUUGAAGGAAGCUGAGGCAAUUCUGACGCUGCUUACAAGAGAAUUUCCUGCAGCAAAGGCAUACAUUACAUUUUCAUGCAAGGAUGGGGAGAGUUUGUGUCAUGGAGAAAAAUUUGCUGAUGCAAUUCAAAAAGUAAUGACGUCAGAGCAGGUGAUUGCUGCCGGUCUCAACUGUACUCACCCUAGUCAUGUAUCGGAACUCCUCGACCGUCUUCAGUCAUUGCAUACAUCAAAACCAAUCAUUGUGAAACCUAACAGUGGAGAAAAUUGGAAUUCUGAAGUAGGUUGGUUUGGUCGAGGAGAGAGUUCGUCCUUUGAAGAUCACGUAUCUGAUUGGAUCAACAAGGGAGCCACUUGGAUUGGAGGGUGUUGUAGAAUCAAACCACGUGACAUUAAGAAAUUAACAGAAUAUGUUAAAAAGGACACCUGACGUAGAUAUUAUAUUGUAUGAUGGCGAAUUGUGAGUGCUGAUUUGCUAACACCAUAUAGUAUUCUACUUAUAGAAAAGCAAAAAUAUAUUUUUAAUUAUUUUAUUUUUCAAACAUAAUUCAGUACAAGCAAUUCAUUAUUAUUUUCUUAGUUAUCAGAAUUGAGCGUGUAUAGAAUUGAGAGAGAGAGAGAGAGAGAAUUACAAAAAUU